CGUUGUUUACUGCACCCUUAGACUGCAUCAAUAUGGUGGAUCAGCUGGUCAUGAUAAAUCGCAUUUUUCGGUGACUUUUGACGUGAAUAUGGCCAGGGUGUGUGAAGGAUGGGUACGAUCGCCUCUGUCCUCCAGUGGCAUUGCGAUCAUUGCUCGUUGAUAAACCCGACAGAGCGGCCCAGCUGCGGCAGAUGCGGGGAAAACAGGACCAACAGAGCCACCGCGGCUAGGGUCCCCAGGACGUCUUCUGCGCAACGGGUCCCCUGCAUCAAAACACAACAAGAUGCCUCACUAUCAGUUUCCACCGCGAAAGAAAAGCUGCAGUCUCCGCGCAAACUAGCCAGCCAACGCUCUGCGAAACUACGCUUCAAAGCUUCACUCUCCAAACCCCUUGACGGUGCGGCCUUAACUGCUUGCCCUGCCAUAACGAAGCCCACAAGACGGUUGGACUUUCAUUUUAGCCUUCAGGAUUUAGACUCUUUGUGUAACGCUCAACGUAAACAUUCAUUAGAGGUUGUGCCAUCAAAAAGGAAUCGCUCACAAAGUGUGCCUGGAGUCUUGGCACGCUGGAUCUGUGUGCGCUGUCACUACUUUAAUACUAGUGUGACUGUCAGCUGUGCUGCUUGUGGCACUAAAGAAAUACCUCUCAAACAAAGUUUAGAGUUUAACAAGCUAAUCAAUUUAAGAAUGGCGUCGUCAGUUUCCUCUCGAGAAGGUAACACAACGUGGCAUGUUGCCCCACCAUUCUACAACGAUGAAAACAAUAAAGAAAAUAAGUGGGACCCAACAGUCCCUGAGGAAAAUGAAUGUUCGUCAUCUGCAGAGGGUUUGCAAACGAAUGAAAAGGAGGAAGGAGGAGACCAACCCGAUGGAGCACCCAGCCGAUCUCCAAAACGACAUAGCCAAUCUGUGUAUGAAAGAGUCAAGUCUAAGGUUAGUCGGUCACUGUCCAAUGGAUCUGUUGUUCAAAAGUUGUGGAUGGACUCAUCGUCAAACUCCAUUAUACCAAAGUCAAUAGCUGGCGGUGGUUUGUUUAGAAGGCCAACAAGUAUGGUUGAUAAUGCAUCUGGAGAAGAAGACGGAUCUGAUGCAUCAAGAACUUCAGAAAUAAGUUCAAUUAAUGAUAAUGUUCAAACAAGUGAUGAAGUUAAUAAGAAUACUGAUGGAGCUGGAUGGUCAUGUUCUAGAUGUACACUUGAUAAUUCAAGCGUCAGUGAUAGAUGUGAAGUUUGCGAAACUCCCAGGAAAGCACGCAUGCCUUUGCUGUCUGCAACUGGACCACGCAAUAGCUUGGUCAUAAGUGUACCAAAUUGGGUUGGUGAAGAGGUGAAAGAAGCCCCACCUACUCCUACUCAUGCCAUUCAAUCUUCAAGUCGGAACAACAUCAAGUCUCCUGCUUGGAAUAAGCCAGUCAACCGUCGGUCUCUCUCAGAAAUGCCAAAUACCUCUGAUCAAUCGAAGCCAUCAUCUAACAGACGUAGCAUGAUUGAGACUGAUGCCCAAGGAAACAUAUCAGUAAAAUCUCCUAUUAAUAAUGUUAAUCUCCAAGUUCCCUCACGCACAAGAUUUUCCUACAUUGGUCUGACAGAGCCAAGUGCAUCACUAACAGAGGUAUCAAAAGUGGGGCGAAAAAGAAUUCUUCCAGCUUCUUUAGCUGAUGGAUCUCCAGCCAAGCCUGACAGUGUUGUUUUGCCUUCAUCCUCGACUCAUUCUCCUCCUGCGACUGCUCAAUCCCCUGUCCCUUCUUCAACAUCUGCACCCUUAGCUUCAGACACAGAAAUAUCUGGCCUAUCACUGAAGCGUAUGUGGACAUGUACAAAGUGUUCAUAUGCCUACAACCCUUUAUGGUCCGAUAAGUGUGAUAUAUGUGAUUCUGUUCGCUCUCCACCUUCUGUAAAUGAGCCAAGUCUCAUCACCGUUACCAAAGAUAGUGUACGAUACACACCAACUAAGCAAGAUGGUGAGGCCACUCCAGGUGAUGUCAAAGUGCCUGCUCCAGGUGCUGCUGCUACGUUAGCAACAGAGGAAACUGACCUUGAGGAUGAAAUUGAGUAUCUGCCGAGUGAAGAAAUUCCUAGUGCUGAUGCAGAUUGGACUUGCAAAAAGUGCACACUGAUGAAUCCUGCUGGCAAGUUGGCCUGUGACGUAUGUGGGGGAUCUAAACUUGGAAGCAUAACUGCCAAGUUUGAUAAAACCCUGCCAAAAGGGGAAUUUUGGGACUGUCCAAGAUGCACUCUGAAAAAUCCUCUCCGUGCUUCAGUCUGUCGUGCUUGUAAGACAGCCAAUAACAGAAAAAGCCCUGAUGUUUCGUCAAUUGCAAACAGUAGUGCUUCAAGUGCAGCUCAGAGAAGCCCUUCUCCAAGACGUCAUUCGUCCUCCAGAAACAAUGGAUCUAGAUCUCAGUCAACAACUUCAAGUGGAGCAAUACCAAAGCUGAGAACUAGUAGCACAAGUAUUAACAGUAGCAACGGAAACAUUAGAAGAGUUCCUUCAACACGCUCCAGUUCAAAUCGUUCCUCUCUGAACAUCAACAGCAGAGAAAUCUCAGACUCUGGCAUUUCAACACCUUUAAGUGGAGGUCAAAGUCCCAAAUCAAGCAAGGGUCAGUCCCCAACAUCAGAUCAGUGUCCAGAGGAGUCUUCACCUCCAUCAACCCCAUCCAAACCGACCUGGCAGUGCUCUGUGUGUACCUACGACAACUCUGUGACUGCUGUUGCCUGUGACAUGUGCCAUAGCUCUCGAUGUUUGUCCUCGUCAACCAUCACUACAAUCACAUCUGGCUCUUCAUCGACUUUUGUUGGCACUGUUACUUCGCCAGCUGUUGUCAUGCCAAGAGAUGUCAUGAAUCUAGGGUCAACCCUUCUAAGUGGGACCAAUACCAUUGUACGCCAUCAGAGUGAACUUAUGGAUGACUUACGCCGAAUUGAGGAAAAAGAAGCAUUAGAUAAAUGGCAACACAUAGUCUGUUACUGUACUGAGAACAAAGAACAGUUUGUUGAUGAUUCGUUCCCCCCUGCUCCAAAGUCUUUGUACUACAAUCCAGCUGAUACUAAAGAUAAUCACGUUGUCCAAUGGCUGCGGCCACAUGAAAUUGUUAUGGAUGAUGAUCCCAAAUUAAAGUGGACCAUCUUCCGUACUCCUUUGCCAUCUGAUAUUUCUCAAGGUGUACUGGGGAAUUGUUGGCUACUCUCUGCACUCGCUGUCCUUGCUGAACGAGAAGAUUUGGUGAAAAGGGUAAUGAUGACCAGGGACUUCUGCCAGCAAGGUGCUUACCAAGUACGUUUGUGCAAGGAUGGCAAAUGGACAACUGUUUUGGUGGACGAUCUUCUACCUUGUGACAAGAGAGGUCAUCUUGUAUAUUCUCAGGCCAAAAGAAAGCAAUUGUGGGUUCCCUUGAUUGAGAAAGCUGUUGCUAAAAUCCAUGGGUGUUAUGAAGCUCUUGUUUCGGGUCGUGCAAUUGAAGGUCUUGCAACUCUCACUGGUGCCCCAUGUGAAAGUGUACCACUUCAACCAUCAUCUCUACCAUCUGAAGAUGAAUUAGAUCGAGAUCUCAUUUGGGCUCAACUUUUAAGCUCCCGUCUUGCAAGGUUCCUAAUGGGAGCAUCAUGUGGUGGAGGGAACAUGAAAGUAGAUGAGGAAGAAUAUCAACGUAAGGGAUUGCGUCCUAGACACGCUUAUUCCGUGUUGGAUGUGCAAGACAUUAACGGCGUCCGGUUGUUGCGGCUCCGAAAUCCGUGGGGGCACUUUUCAUGGAAAGGUGAUUGGGCUGACGAUUCAGAGAUGUGGACCCCUGAGUUAAGAGACAUGCUUAUGCCUCAUGGGGCUUCAGAUGGUGUAUUUUGGAUAUCAUUUGAGGAUGUUUUGAAGUAUUUUGAUUGUAUUGACAUCUGUAAAGUCAGAUCCGGGUGGAAUGAAGUUCGCCUUCGUGGAACACUACCACCAUUAUCAUCCAUCGACCAUUUGUCCUGUGUGUUGCUAACUGUUAUGGAACCAACUGAGGCAGAGUUUACUCUGUUUCAAGAAGGGCAAAGGAAUUCAGAGAAAUGGCAAAGAUCUCAACUGGACUUAUGUGUGGUUGUUUUCCGUACUCGAUCAGCUGCUCAACCCCAAGUGGGACGAUUGGUUGAACAUAGUAAACGACAAGUUCGUGGAUUUGUAGGGUGUCAUAAAAUGCUUGAAGAAGAUCAUUAUAUCCUUGUCUGUCUUGCAUUCAACCAUUGGCAUACAGGAAUGGAUGAUCCUGCAUCUUACCCAGAUUAUGUACUAGCCAUCCAUAGCUCAAAAAAGAUUUUGGUGGAGCAAAUUACCCCUCCAUCAUUUGUGCUAGCAGAUGCGAUUAUUAGCCUCACUCUGGCUAAGGGUCAAAGGCAUGAGGGACGAGAGGGAAUGACAGCAUACUACUUAACAAAAGGUUGGGCUGGUCUAGUCGUAAUGGUGGAAAACCGCCAUGAAAAUAAAUGGAUCCAUGUAAAGUGUGAUUGCCAAGAAAGUUACAAUGUUGUUUCAACAAGAGGUGAAUUAAAGACUGUUGACUCAGUCCCACCACUUCACAGGCAAGUUAUUAUUGUCUUAACCCAGCUUGAAGGAAGUGGUGGCUUCUCCAUAGCACAUCGACUUACUCAUCGAUUGGCCAAUUCCGAGGGACUUCAUGAUUGGGGUCCGUCGGGCACCAGCCACUGCCCUCCCAUUGAUAAACAAGUUGAAGGUCUGCAUUUCCCUAGGCUGAUCACCUAGCGUUUGUGGGAUUAUGGACGAUGGUAAAUUUUGAAAAAUCGUCCAUAAUCCUUAGUCAGUUUGAAUGUCAUGGAUUCCAAUUCAUGGGAGACCUUGAUUCUUCAUGUCCUCUGGGAAGGUGGCAUUUGUGUAAUCAAAUGCACUUCAUAUUAUAAUUGACCAGCUUACAUCACCAUUUUUUUACACUUUAUGGUAGCUGAUCUUGAUUCCUUGUGGUGUCUCUUUAAAUACCUGUCUGAUUGUUUUCUUUUCUACCAAUGGUAUAUGAUGUAUGCAAUUAGAUAUGCCUGCCUAUAUGGAAACUGCCUAUGAGGUAGAUCAAGAUGUGUGAAGAUAGUAUUUGUAGUUUACUACUGUCAAAUCUCAUUAGAGAUCUCUUUGUUAUUUUGAGAAUUAUGAAGCCCAUCAAAACAAAUCUUAAAGUAUUUCAUUAAAUUAAAUUACUUUCAAAGACUUAGAUCCCUGUAGCAUUUUUAUCAGAGAAAAAGGAAUUUAUGAUAUUCUAUACUUUGUCCUUUUAUAAUCUACUUGUGAUAAUGUAUUUACCGAAUCAUAUUCAAAGAAAUGAGAACAUUUGUGAGGCUUUGCAGCACAUAAAGGACUUGAAGUAGGAUCCUUCCUUUGAGAUUGUUUUGUGCUCUUCAGCACUGCCAUUUGUAACUUUUCUUAUUUCUUCAACAGAUCAUCACAAGAAGCUCUCUAAAUGUUAAUUUAUGGUUUUACGUCUAUCUCUCUGAAAGUUGUGUUUGUACAAUCAUUGAUAUUUAAAGCUCAAAUAUAAUUGUGUUGUAUGUUUUAUUAGAUCAGAGCUAAUAUAUUAUGUUAAAGAAUUAUUGUUCAUUAGACAAUUUACUAUCUGGUGUAGCUUUGUGGUGAAAUAGCUGUUUGGUUGUAUGUUUUCAGAUUUCUGGUAGAUCAGAUUGUUUUUUCCUUGUCUUAAUGUGUGGUGUUGGUAGUCUCCAGAGGUUGUGCCAUACUUGCUUUUAGUGUGCCUGUUGCAUCUCCACUUUUUAUCAACCACAUUAAGUUUGUUCUCGUGUAGAUCUCCAAGCUUCAUUAUUGCUCAGUAUGUCUCUUUAAUUUUUUUCCCUGUGCCCAUGAAGAAUGUCAUGAGUGCAAGUGAAAUUGGUUUUCAUUGAUGAAAUCUUGAUGCUGCCAUUAUUGUAACUUAAGCCAUUGAAUUGUAUUGGCCUGUGGAGAAGGUAGUGUGCUUUCCUUGUUUGUCAUUACAGUAUGUUGGAUGCAAUCUCACCUCAUGUGCCUACCGGUAACCUCAGGCUACAUGCGCACAAGAGGAAGUCCAUCUGUCAAAAUAUUCUUUUAAGGCACGACAACUGUAGCAGCCUGUUGACUGCGCAUGAAAGUUUCAAUUCUGUGAUGUAUUUAUAAUUAACUAUUGUAUUAAUCAUUUUAUGUUGUGUGCCGGAAGGCUCUUUGGUAAACAGUGUAAGUUCAACAAAUAUUCUGUAGAUUUUCAUUGAAGAAUCUCUUUAUUUAAUUGCAUUUAAUACAGAAGGUUUGGUGUUGUUUUAAUGAUGAGAUUUUUUUGCAUUAACGUUAUAUUAAAUUAUCUUCUGAUUACUAGCUUUGAUGGAUGCCUGGCAUAUUAAUUCUUUGUAACUUAUUUCUGUUGAAUGAUGUACAUUCUUUACUCAAAGACUCCAUUGACACUUUUAUUUACCAUUGCUGCUUGACUGUAAAGAAAAGUGUGAGUAGAAUGAAUUACCACCAUGUUAAAUUUAGUAUUCUAGCCUUCAAAAAAAAAAGUUUUUUUUUUGUUUUCUUUUAAAUAGAUGUUAAUAUGAUUGUUGAGAUGUGUGCAAAUUGACCCCAAAUGUAAGAUUAUGUCUCUAGGCUUCUACUAAAAGGUUUAAAUUAUAGCAGUUAUUGGUGUUACAUUCUAAGACUCUGCACCAUCUCAAACAGAGUGGUAUUUUUUGUGAUACAUUGAUGAUGGUUUUAUUUUUAUCCUUUUGUGUGAACUACCUAUAUCAUUUGUGUCUUUGGGCUGAGCUAUUCUAGGUGAAGUAUAUUUUCUUGUUUGCUUGUAAUUUAGAUUUGUGAUUCACCUAAGACCAAUGCAAGAUUGACGUACUCUUUAUUUGAUCUGUGAUCUGUGACUAAUGUUUCCAUUAUCUGAUGCUUUCCUUUAUGGUUUCUUUUUCAAUCUUUCAGUGCUAAUGGUGGGGACUUUUCUGGGAUGCAAUGCAAUGCUAUGGAGCCCAUUUGUUGGUACUGUUGCAUAUUCUGAGGUCUCUCUAUCAUUAGGAGUGCUAGAGUUCAUUUUGUAUGCUUAUUACAAACUCUGUUUUCUUAUGCUUUACCCUUUAAUUUUAGACAUAGAACUUUAUUUUUUAUUUUUCCCUUGUGUGCUUACAUUUUGUAGUGUUUGCUCCUCAUGUUUUGUUACAUUUUGUUUUGAUGUUUCGAUUUGGUUAGUGAGUUGCUCUAUUGUGUACUCUUUUUGUGUUGUGAAUGUGUGACAAUAACCUUAUGAGCAAACUUCAUUUGGUCAUGACCCUCUGCAAAUGCCAUUUAUAAUUAGUUAAACAUUUCAAACACUCACUGUGAAGGGGUAAAUAUACUAUAAUUUGUUAUCUGAGCUUUCUGGCUUGCAAUUUUACAUGAAUUGCAAUUUGCCAAACCCUGAAACACUUCAUCUUUGUUUUGGGUGUCUGAUUUUGUGACUGCGUUUGUUUGUAAAUUCGUGCACUCUUUGUAAUGUUUUCAUUGAUUAAUACCAAAGAAGUAAUAUUUGUCACCUGUACAUAAUUACAUGAUAUGAUGUGCUUUUGGUUGUGAUAGCAGCACACUGUAAAUUACUUGUGUCUUCAAAGAGCAGUUAUUAUUUGCUUUGUACAUGAUUUUGUUUAGCUUGCUGUAUGUGAAUGCUUUUAUGAACACUUUUGAUCUUAUUUUUUUCCCGCUCUUUUUUUAGAACCUGAUUGAUUGACACUUUGGGCAGUCAUUCCUUUGCUAAUCAAAACUCAAGACUAAAACCAUGAAUCUAGAACAGAGUCUGUUAAGGCUCAAAGAGUAGUGUUGUGCUGUAACAUACUUCUCUGUUCUUCUUUCCUCUUGAAUAUAAUGGGAAUCACUUUUGACUAAGUGAACUAAUUUUAGCUCUAAAUACUCUUAUGCUAGACUUUGUGUGGCAUUCUAUGUGCAUCACUCUAAAAUAUGAUUCAGUGAGUUUUGUAUUCCUCUUACAUUCCAUUUGAUGGGGGAGAGGCAAAUAUGCAAACAUUUACUGCUAACUUCAGGUCUUCAUUGUGAAGAAAACAGCAAUAUAAACCUGUGUUUCAACGUACUGAUGUAAAUAACUGAAUUAUUAACUCAUGAUAUAAUUGGCAUGGGUGUCAUCCCACCUGCCAAUCAAUGCCUGUAUACAGCAGAGUAUUCGAAAUGAGGCAUCAUUUCCUUAUAUUUAUUUUUAUGAUUUGUUUAUGUUAUGAUCUGUUAGCUAUUAGCUGUGUGACAUGAUAUGACUGUGUAUUCAUUUCAGUUUUCAGUGUCUUUAAAAAUGAAUGACAUUUUUCUUUUUAGUUUUAAGAAAGGUCAAAAGUGUGCCAUCUUUGUGUAUUUUCAAUCUUAAAAUAAACUGCAACUACUGCUGUGUUGAAAACUG